AUGAAGGCCUACUUCUACGACAACCUUCCUGGUGAUCAACGCCUCCCCCACGACUCCGGCAAGGAAGUGACGGUCGCGGAGCUUGAAAAGGUCGGCGUCCUUUACUUCCGGUUCCCGGAUGUCGAGGGCGUAAACACCCUGGCGGCGGAGCGCGGCUACAAGAACCGGGACGAGAUCAUCGUCUCGCCCGAGAAGAUGGGGGCCAUCUACGAGACGAAGGUGCGCCAGUUCUUCGACGAGCACCUGCACGAGGACGAGGAGAUUCGGUACAUUCGCGAUGGUGCCGGGUACUUUGACGUGCGCAACGAGGGCGACGAGUGGAUUCGCAUCAAGCUUGUCAAGGAUGAUUUGAUCAUCCUGCCUGCAGGCAUUUAUCAUAGGUUUACUACUGAUGAUACCAACUAUAUCCAGGCUAUGCGUCUGUUCAAGGAAGAGCCCAAGUGGACGCCUCUGAACCGCACCGAGGGGCUUGAUGAGAACCCCUACCGCCAGGAGUAUGUCACUCAAUUCCUGAAGGCCCAAGCUGAACAGGCAUAGGAGCAGCCAAAAGGGAUGGGACAUAGCCUUUAUAGCCAUCAAAAUUUGAAAUUAAAGCACAAAACAAUACGUUAGCCGAGGUCGCUUCUUUGCGUUAAGCGCCAUAUAUCUAUACCCAAAUGCAUGCGAAAUAUCGAUAACACCUAUCAACCAAAGCUUGGUGUGCGACCAUUCAGCUGUUUCCUUUUUUGCCAUAGCGACCUGGCCGCUACCUAAGCUUGUGGUAAUCGGG